AUGGAAUUGUUGGAACCCCUUAGGAUGGGAUCAAACAAAAAGGACUAUGAGAACCUGAAUGAAUGUUGGCAAGAAGGCGACAGUAAGUGCACCUCGGAGACGUGUGUGAUGGCAUUCUGCAGGAGUGUAUCCUGUCCAGAGGCAGCCAUGCACGUUUUCAGGGCCCUGAGACCUUAUGGAAAUCUGUUUGUUUGUGAUAACACCGAAAAUUUGAUCGGAGAUGAAAAGAAGACAGAUUUCCAAAUACAGGGCGAUGACGGCCUUCUUGACAUGUUUCUGUACACCACCAGCCUCAUCUACGGUCCAGCAAACAAAAAAUUUACCCCAGGUGCUUUUGCGAUGAAGAAACAUAAGGCACUUAAAACAAUUAAUCUGAACAGUAAGCGGACACAGAGGCGGAAUAGCAUUGGAGUACCAAGUGGAGAACUGGAACACGCAUAUUGUAGGUCGUUGUAUGGCCCACUGGUCGAUGCUGAGACGUAUAUUCUGGUUGGAAUACUUCAUCUAAUGCUUCACAAGUUCCAUAGGUCACCAAACUUCCUAUUUGGACUAGUCAUCAUCCGAGUAUUCGUUGUUGCAGCACAGAAGGAGCAGAUCUGUAAGAGCUACUACUCAAUCAUCUACAACGUGUACAACUUCAUCUACCACAAGAUUUCCCAAUCGAUGAUUCCUACUCAAAUCACAGAAGCAGCUGAUUGUGGAUGUGGAAUGUGUCUGUUUCAUAUGAACCUGACUAAGAAUGACAUACGUGACUCAGUAGCAGUUUUAACAACUAUGUUGAACAAGAUGUCACCACAGGACAUCAGAAUGGAGAAGAAGAACGCAUUUCCAUUUGAAAUACUGCGACUCAUCUACAGACUGAAUCAGAUCACCAAUACAAUUGAUUACGAGUCAUUCUACCUGAAUGAGCUAUAUUCAAGAAUAGACAUUAAAGAGGAGUAUAAGAACUACAAGUGUAAGAAGGAGACAGUGAUUCUGUACAAAUUCACAAUUCCAGUUGUAAAGAAGGCGGAAUUGUUGAAGUUGGAGAACAAUGACAUGCAAAGAACGAGUCUACAGGACUCGUUCUUCAGGGCUCUCUUUGAGGGAAUGACUGAACCGUAUUUGAAGGUUACAAUAAACAGGAAGAAUUUGUACAAGGACACCCUGAGAAUUCUGAAGACUACGCCAAAUUGGGAUUUGAAGAAGCAGCUAAAAAUCAACUUCAAGGACGAGGAAGGGGUUGAUUCAGGCGGAAUCAUCAAGGAGUUCUUCCAGCUGCUAUCAGAGGAACUGGCUGCAGAUGACUCACUUUUUGUUGAGAAGAAUAGCACAUUGUGGCUGAAGCCAGGAGCAGACCUAACGAAGAUGAAGCUGCUCGGGAAGAUCAUAGGCAUAGCACUGUACAACAACGUCAUUCUGAAUCUGCCACUGACUCCACUCAUCUUCAAGAAGUUCUUUAGCACGCCAAUUGGAUUUGAUGAUCUCAGUCUCAUUGAACCAGAAAUACAUAAUACUUUAUGCAAUAUGGAGAAAAUGACAAGCGAGGAGUUCGAAUCCCUUGGAAUGAAUUUUGUGGUAGAUUGCGAAAUGGAAGGAGAAACAGUUAGAAAGCAUCUGGUGAAGAAUGCGGAGAAUACACGUCUGAGCAAGACAAACUUCCUGCUCUUUAGAGACCUCUACUCAAAGUAUUACAUUGAUGAGAUGGUGUCUAAUGAGUUCACAGAGGUGUUGGAUGGCUUCUAUUCCGUGAUCAUAGGCCACUCAAUUGAUGGUUUCAACUACGUUGAAUUGGAGAAGAUUGUAGUUGGAUGCGGUAGAAUUGAUUAUGAUCAGAUCAAGAAGCAUUGUAUCUAUCAGGGAUACACAGAAGAUGCACUGGUUGUGAGACACUUCUGGACGAUUAUAGGAUCAUUCAGCAAGGAAAUGAAGAGAAAGCUACUCAAAUUCAUCACUGGAAACGACAGGCUUCCAAUUGGCAGGGCUGAGGCACUCAAAUUCACAAUAAUGAAGAAUGGAUGCGACACAGACCGUCUUCCUAGUGCCCAGACGUGUUUCAACACAAUUCUACUGCCAGAAUAUGCAACAUAUGACAAAUUACACGACAAGUUGGUCAGGGCCGUAGAAAUGACAGCUGGCUUCUAUUUGAUGUAG